GCUUGAGUCCAGGCCUGGCUUGGGCUGGCCUGGCCUCGGGAAUCUGAGCUUCUUCGCACUGCCCGCUAAAAAUGUCUGCAGCUGGGGCCUGGCAUGGUCCACUGCCUGGUCGAGUCCAGGUCAGUGGUGGACUUGAGUUAGAGGCAUCGCCGGUGGCUUGAGUAUUGAGGGGGAUUCCGGAAUGGCGAUCUCGCCACAUAGACAGGAGACGAUGCAUGCGGUGCAGCAGCAGCAGCUGCAGCUGCUGCAGUAGUUGAAAGCGAGUGAGCUAGAUCUUCGCCUCCCGCGGGUUUGUAAUUUACUUAUCCGCCCAUGUUUUAUAAAAUCCGGAAUAAGGGAUAAAGUGACAAAGGAAAAUUGUAACACGAGGCUGUGGAUCGAGGGCUGAAUCAAGGAAUCAAUGCGGACUAUAUAAGAAACAAGAGCGCCCAGUAGCAUCCAGAUUUGCCGGACGCUCCGCAGGCCGCCCGCAGGCACCUUUCACUCGAACAGCUGUUUGUUUCAGCUCGAUAUACAUCGAAAAUAUUUUAUGUUGCUGAGCACUCAGACUGAAAAAUCUCCAAAUUUGGGGCACUUAAAGAGUCGAUUCUUCAACGCUUUACAUUAUAUACUUGAGAGAGUUCUGUUCUUCAAGUGUUGAUUGCCGGCUACAGACUGGUAUCAAUCAUCCUCAAGUACAGGAACCGCUCUUUACAGCCAGCCAACCACUGCGGAUCCAUCGAUAUCUCGUCGAAACGUCGAAUCGAAGUCGACUGCAGUAGAGAUUGAUUGGGCACCUCCUCCGGCUGCUUCCAACCGUGAUCGGACGACAGAUCCGACUCGGCUUCGAGAACCACCGCCUGACCGAUCAAGAGGUUUGUGGCACAUCUGUAGGCCUGUGGUGGUCGAGGUUGUCACCUGGUGAAAUUCAGCUCGGCCUCAACCGAGCUUUCUUUUGUUGGGAGAACCUUGCGGACUUGCAAGCAUCGGAUAUCGGUUUAUUCGCUAGUGUUAUAAAUCCCGGUUGUCGAAAUCCUCCUUCAGCCUCUUCGAUUCCGACUUGGGGUCUUCCGGUUCGAUGGAACACUCGGUGCCUUACGACGCUGCUGCGGUGGUCCCCGUCAGUGACGAUGACUACUCGAAGCUCAGUGGAAGCGAGGACGAGCAACUCGAAGAGAAGCCUGGAACCCCAUGGUUCGUCUGGCCAAUGUUGGCCUUCUCCCUGGUCGCGUCCUCGGCAUCUGGAGCGAUUAUGAAAGAGCUGGAGAUUGAGCAUGCCGGGGCUGUCAGCGUUGCCGGCUGGCGAUUUCAAGUGACUGCACUGGCGCUGCUUCCAUGCUUCCUCUGGCAAUGGGCUUUCAUGACCUCGCAAGCCCGGGCAAAACUAUUCCAAAAAGGAAAUCUUAUACAAAUUUGCAUUAGUGCCGCCGGCCUUACAGCUUACUUCGGCCUCUGGAAUUGGUCGCUGCAACACACAUCUCUGACGCACAGUCUCUUCCUCUCAGUCAUGUCCCCGCUGUACGUGGCGUUCGCCACAGUACUCACGGGUGGAAAAAUCACGAAAGUGGAGGUUUUCGGCGUGGCUCUGGGAAUCAUCGGGUCUCUCAUCCUUGCCACCGGCACGCAGGCUGAGCCAGGAGCAGAGGCUACUCUGCUGGGCGACGUGGUUGCAUUCAUCUCCGCCGGUGGCUUUGCUCUCUACCUGGUCGCUUCUCGCCAUUGCAGAGCUUCCAUGCCGGUCUACGUUUACAUGUUCCCAUCCACGGUGUUGGUGGCUGUGCUGCUCGGAAUAGUCGGAAUUUUCGUGGAAGGGUGGGGAUCGUGGAUUCAGGGAGCGCCCAACGCGAUCAAUGGGCCAUUCGGCUGGUUCGCCAACGAAGAGUUUCUGCUGUGGACGAUAUUCCUGGGAAUCGUUCCUGGCUUCCUCUGCUACAUCGGGUACAAUGUGGUCUUGGCGUUCACGAGCUCUUUGGUGGUGUCCAUGGGCCUUUCUAUCUGCCCACUCACGGGAUCUCUUCUGGGCUGGUUUAUGGGCCUCACCAACUUACCCAACAUUUACACGAUCGUGGGAGGAUCCUUGACUAUGGCUGCGACGAUCGUUGUCAGCUGGGGCACUCACCCUGAUGAGGACAAGAAAGAGGCCGAGAAGAUUGAUAUCGAAUCAAGAGGGUCCAAAGGCGAGGAUGUGGAGGACAAAGUGCCCUUAUUGCAAGAUCAAAGACAACCGUAGAAAUACCAAAAAAUUAGAUUACAUACAGAAUUGGAAGUGUGAGUUAGUCGAAAUCAAGAAAAAAGGAAGUCGUGGCAGACGUAACCAGCCGCAUAUCCAUGCUGUACUGUAAAACAUAGUCAUGUCAACUUCUUGUUGGUUUGACACUUCCAGCCGAGUUUUGUAGUAUACGUAGGAAUAGGAGAAUCAGUACAUAAUUUGUAUCUAGAAUCUUAGCGUAGCUAAUUUGUAGGCAGUGAGAAUUGGUUCACAUUUCUAGAAAACAGGUUUUGCCGGGUGUGGGAAUAAUAAACGCAACAAUUUUGCAGGGGUUCUCAUCACACACAAAAA